UGAAUCAAGAAUUUUUGUAUUCUUUAAGCAAAUAGCAAAGUUAUCCACAUUUCCACUUCUCCCAGUGGCAGAGCAGAGACGAUCAAGUGGUAUAUCAAUAUCAGAAUAACACAAACCCUAAUCCCCAAAAUUAAAAAGAAAAUAAAUAACGAGAUACCAAAACAAUCACUUCGAUUGGAUUCCCAUCGAUAAAAUACUCAAAUCCGAAUCCAAUUCCCCGUUCCACUUCUUGUUCAGGAAUCGCUUCUGCGUUGUUAAAGGUGACAAGUUCUCUGCCCGAGAUGUCUGAGGAGCGAGCAGUGCAUCCCGAUUGCCGGAAUGCUAGUAACCCUUAUCACGAAUGUAGCGAUUACUGUUUUAGGGUAAUAGCUGAAACCAAAAUUAGGUCUCAGCAACAGGAAUCAGAAGUUGGACAAGCUAGUGGUGGAAGCAACUGUAAGCAAGCCAUCCCAGAUGAAUCAUAUGUAGCUGAGGAAAUGUAUGAUGACAGACCCAAUCUGGAAGGAAACUCUGAUAGUGAUUCUGACCAGCCUGCUGUGCAGGAAGCGGAGCAAAUGGAGGGUGACUACUCAAAACUCUCUUCAAGGCAGAAGAAGUGGAUGGAGUUGAGAGCCAAGAUGCAAGAAGCAAAAAAGCGUAAUCAAAUUGAAAUAGCUGCUGAAAAAAAGAGGAUGGAACCUCCAACUGAGUCUAGGGGUGUUUCUAAACAGAAAUGGCUUGAGGAUAGGAAGAGAAAGAUUGGAAAACUUCUUGAUGCAAAUGGAUUGGAUAUGACGAAGGCAUAUAUGCUUGACACACAGGAGGCAGCAGAGGAAAAAUACAAGAAAUGGGAAAAGGAUCCUGCUCCAUUCGGGUGGGAUGUGUUUAAUCAGAAGACAUUAUACAAUGCAUACAAAAAGCGGACCAAGAACGUUGAAGUAGAUGUAGAAGAAUAUAAUAAAAUGAAAGAAACUGAUCCGGAGUUCUACAGAGAAGCUUCAAGUCUCCAGUAUGGAAAGGCACCAAAAAUCUCAGAGGAGAAGAUUGACAGGAUGGUGCAGGAGCUAAAGGAUAGGGAAGAGAAGCGCAGGUCAUUUAGCAGGAGAAGAAGAUUUCACGAAGAGAAAGAUAUUGACUCGAUCAAUGACCGUAAUGAGCAUUUCAACAAAAAGAUUGAACGAGCCUUUGGUAAGUACACGCUGGAGAUUAAAAAUAAUCUUGAGCGAGGAACUGCAUUGCCUGACUAAGGUAUCUGCUUAUGUAAUGGUGUGUCAUUAUUUCACAUUGUUCAGUUACUGAUAAGUUUCAACGUUGGAUUGCACUUAUAAGUGCUUUUUGAUCAUGUAAUAUUAUAGUCUAUAAUAUUUUGCAAUGCACAUAUGGAGCAUUGUGGAGUUAUUUUGAACUUCAAAUACUUCAUGCUUGCUUGGGA